AUGCAGACGGAGGAGGAGACGGCCACCGCAGAAGAGCCCAUUUUGGAGGAAGGGUCAGGACGAGAGCAGCAACGGCCAGUCCAGCAGUCUCUGGCCUCCUCCCUGUGUCGGGAGUCCCAUUGGAAGUGCCUCCUCCUGACCCUCCUCAUGUACGGCUGCUUUGCCACGCUGGCCUGGUGUGCUCUCUGUCGCGUACCCGUUCUCGGCUCCUCCUCCAUACCUCUCGGUGCUGACGACGAAGCAACCUCGGCGGCUUACUAUAAUGGCAUCCUGCCCCUGGACAGUCCGUGCUCCAGCGGCUAUGUCUACAUCCCCCUGGCCUUCCUGGCAAUGCUGUAUGUGGUUUACUUGGUGGAGUGCUGGCACUGCUUCUCAAAGACAGCGAUGCUGGCUCAUGCUGAAUUCCAGGAAGUGUAUGAGCGUGUGCAGAGGCUUCAGCAGGCUACACCCUGCAUUUGGUGGAAGGCCAUCAGCUAUCACUAUGUGAGGAGGACCAGACAGGUGACAAGAUACCGCAACGGAGAUGCAUAUACGACCACACAGGUCUACCAUGAGCGAGUGAACACUCACGCCUCCAGCUCAGAGUUUGACUAUGCUCGCUAUGGUGUCAAGGAUGUAUCAAAGGAGCUGCUGGACUUGCAACUGCACCCUGCUGUUCGCCUCCGUUUCACAAAGUGUUUCAGUUUUUCCAGUGCACGUGCUGAAGCUGCCUACCUCACUCAGCGAGCGCGCUUCUUCGGGGAGAACGAGGGCCUUGACGACUACAUGGAGGCCAGGGAGGGAAUGCACUUGAAGAACGUGGAUUUCCGCGAACACAUCCUGGCGUUCCCAGAUCCUGCUCACCAGCCCUGGUUUUCUAGGCACAGGGUGUUCUGGCUGGCGUCUGCCUUCCUCCUGUCGUGGCCACUGCGGGUAGUGUCAGAAUAUCGCACGGCAUAUGUCCACUACCAUGUGGAGAAGCUGUUCGGGGAGGACGAGGAUGGAGGAAGAGGGGACGGGGUUGAAGGAGGGACUGAGAAUGGAAUCCAUCCAGGAGGAAUCGGGAUUGGAAUUGGCCUAAAUGGGACGAGUUACAGAGCGAUCUCUCGGGUCAACACAGUGGACAUGACAGAAUUGGAGUGGCACAUCCGCUGUAACCAACAGAUGGUCCCGAGCUACUCUGAAGCCCUCCUUAUGGACUUGGACGUAAGCGGGGGGACAAACCCUACGGCCUCUACGCCCAUCUCUGGGCCUACAGUCUCCACCCCUAGCCAGGGGCCCAACCCACCUCCUCUAGCUCUGCCUGUUGUGUUUAACUCAGCUUACCUCCUCCAGAGCUGCCCGCGAUGCAGGAGGACCACGUCGAGUUCCAGUCUUCCCUCCAGGCUAAGGGCCCCAAUGGGAACCACAGCCCUCCUGAACGCUACCGUGGCAGGGAUCAGAGCAGCAGGGCAGGGAGGUGGAGGUAUAGGAGGAAGGCUGGUGCUCAGUCGGAGCGGAUUCUCCCUAGGGAGACUUGGAGGAGGGCGCCAGAACAGCCUGUUUCACUCAAGAAGCAUGGGAGGAGGGCUGGGAGGAAGUAGGGAAGAUGGAGGAGGAGGAGGGGGUAGUGGAGGAGGAUUCCUUGGGUUAGGUUCAAGACAGGACAACGAGGAGACCAGAGGAGUGCUGGAAGGAGAAGGGGAUGAGGACGAGGAAGAGGAGCAGGCGGAGGAGGAGGAGGUGAGGAGAAGGGAACAGGGAAGAGGAGGCAGAGAGAGGGACGAAGAAGCAGAGCAAGAGAGUGGAGGGGCUGUCGAGUUGAGGGACAGUGAUGGAGGAGUGAGGGAUCGUCCUCCAUCCUACCAGGACGCAUUCUUCUUUCCUGUCCUCAUUAUACACGGAGAGGAGAGCUGCCACGCUGGAGACGACAUGUGACGCUCCCAAAAAACAAAUGCGUUAAGAACAAGGAAGUCUGGGCAGAGGCCGAGGGAGAUGAAAGAACGCACUGAACACAAAGAAAAGGUUGGAUCAGAGAAAAAGCGGGUGAGGGAAAAUGAAAUAUGAUAGACCCACGGACUGAAUAAAAUGAGAACAGAAUGAUUUUGAAAGAAAGAGUCGUUUCAUGGCAGCCGCGUAAAGAAGAAAGGAUUCAGUCAGAACAAAGUAUGAGAGGUAAGAACAGCAGUGUGAUAGACCGAAGAAGGGAAAAGGGGGGAAGAUGAAAAAAGGAUAGCUAGAGUGUAAAGGGAUAAGAGGAUGUACUGUAAGAGCGGAAGACAAAUGACAAACAGAUAGCAAGUGAACUGCGACAAGAGAUUUGAACAGAUGCAGUGCCUACUGUAAAAAAACAGGAAACACUGAUUCAGAAAGAGAUGAGAGCUGAUAGGGAGUGCAGCACAGAGAUAGUAUGGAGUCUGAAAACAUGAGUGAAGGCAAGAAAAUGUUUGCAAUUGUAGAGCCACACAGAGAUCGUGUGAGAGAGAGGAUAUAAUUGGGAGGAACAGAAAGACUGAAAAUACGGGGAUGUCUAUUUUCAGAUAUAUCUAUGCAAGAAUGGUAGUGGGCGGAGGAACAAGUCUAAAGAUAGCAGAUUGGAGAGCAGUGGAGAGACUCUAAACCAGAUGAGUGGUAGUAGUUAUUUCUCAAAAAGACACAGAAGUUGAGGAAUUGCAAAAGAUAUUUUGAUGGCUUGUUACUUUGGUUUUGCUAAAAUCAACAUAUCUAGAGGCGGACUAAAAAUAUGGCUCAUCAAAGGGAUAGUUUGGGUUUUUUUUAAGUGUUGUUGUACAAGGUACUUGUUCAUAGUCAGUGUAUUACAUACAGUAGAUGUAGAGGAGUACCUGCAUGGGAGCUAAAGUAUAGCAAUGUAACUUAAUGCUUCGAAGGAGUGGAAACUGCAAAAUGUGUUUUAGCCACUUAAAAAAAAGCCCAACCUAAAAAAAUCCAUUUUGGUUGAAGUGUGCACUAUAUUUAGAAUAUGUUUUCAAUGCUUGCUGCAACCUUGCUGUCAGACAGCACUUUUCUAUGCUCUCUUCAGAGCCACCAGACUCUGUUGACAAAAUCAGCAACU